GCGAGGGGGUGGGUCGUUUGACUUCUUUGACAUUAACCGGAAGCGUGGGAGACACAGGACACACACACGCGCGCGCAGCGAGCGAUCAGCACUCUCCCGCUGGUGGCAGGCGAAGCCAGUGGCUGCUGGCGACAAGUGGCUGGCUUCCCUAGACGGGCACUGCCAACCGGGAGCCCCUUGAAGAAGAUUUGUCGUGGCAUAUUUUGUCAUUAUGAGAUGUUGUCUCUCGGUGCUUCAUUUGUGCAAAUUAAAUUUGAUGACUUGCAGUUCUUUGAGAACUGCGGCGGAGGGAGUUUUGGGAGUGUAUAUCGAGCCCAAUGGAUAUCUCAGGAGAAGGAGGUGGCAGUGAAGAAGCUGCUUAAAAUAGAGAAAGAGGCAGAAAUACUCAGUGUGCUCAGCCACAAAAACAUCAUUCAGUUUUAUGGAGCUGUUAUUGAGCCCCCCAACUAUGGCAUAGUAACAGAAUAUGCUUCUGCUGGAUCACUAUAUGACUACAUUAACAGCAACAGAAGUGAAGAGAUGGAUAUGGAUCAUAUAAUGACAUGGGCUACUGAUAUAGCUAAAGGAAUGCACUAUUUGCAUAUGGAGGCUCCAGUCAAAGUAAUCCACAGAGAUCUAAAGUCCCGAAAUGUGGUUAUAGCUGGUGAUGGAGUAUUAAAGAUUUGUGAUUUUGGUGCUUCAAGGUUCCACUCCCAUACAACACACAUGUCUUUAGUUGGUACCUUUCCUUGGAUGGCUCCAGAGGUUAUCCAGAGUCUCCCGGUAUCAGAAACAUGUGACACAUACUCGUACGGUGUGGUUCUCUGGGAGAUGCUAACAAGGGAGGUCCCCUUUAAAGGCUUGGAAGGAUUACAAGUAGCUUGGCUUGUAGUAGAAAAAAACGAGAGACUGACCAUUCCAAGCAGCUGUCCUGAAAGUUUUGCAGAAUUGAUGCUUCAGUGUUGGGAAGCAGAUCCAAAGAAAAGGCCCUCUUUCAAGCAGAUCAUUUCAGUCUUGGACUCCAUGUCAAAUGAUAGCAACCUUCCAGACCUAUGUAACUCAUUCCUGCAUAACAAGGCAGAGUGGCGAUGUGAAAUUGAGGCAACCUUAGAGAGGCUAAAGAAACUGGAACGUGAUCUGAGCUUUAAGGAGCAGGAACUGAAGGAACGGGAGAGACGCUUGAAGAUGUGGGAGCAGAAGCUCACUGAACAGUCCAAUACACCUUUUUGCUUCCCUUUUGCUGCAAGAAUGUCUGAGGAGUCUUUCUUUGAAUCUAAAACAGAGGAAUCAAACAGUGCAGAGAUGUCAUGUCAGAUCACAGCAACCAGUAACGGGGAGGUAGCUGGCAUGAACCAAAGUCUGAAGGCCUUGAUGAUGAAGGACUUUGGGGAUGUCUUCUCUGUGAACCAAGCAGGAUCCGUCCUGCAUUCUGGGAUGCAGAUAAAUAUGCAAGCCAAAAAGAAUUCUUCCAAAACCACCUCUAUGAGAAAAGGGAAGAGAGUCAACAUGGCGUUGGGGUUCCAUGAAUUCGACUUCUCAGAUGAUGAUACUGAUGAUGAUAUUGAUCUUGAUAAUGCAAGUGAUAGUAGUGAAUGAAAGAAGAACUCUAAUGUGGUAUCUAAAGUAGGGUGGGGGGGUGAGAUUGUUGAGGAAAAAAAUCUUGCAAGUUUGAUUUAAAAUAACUUUUUAAAAACCCAAUGCCAUUUUGUUUUAUAGGCCAGUUUUGUUGCUUGUUAUGUGAAAAGUCAUUUACUUAUGUUUAUACCCACCUACAUUUUUGCCUUAAAACUUAGAAGUAAUUUUUUAAAAAACCUUGAGGGUUGUCUUUAAAAAAUAAAAUUAUCUGUUUAUGCUGCAGUGUCAGUUGCCUGAGUAGAGAAAUGCUUACAACUCCACAUUAUAAGAAAAUUCUGAAAUCUCCCAGGGUUUUUUUUAAAUUACACAAAUUCUUGUCAAAUAUGCAUAUAUUACUGUUGUUCGGUUCAUGUUUUCUUUUGCAGGCUAACAAAUGAAAACAGAUAUUUCUUCACCUUGCUUUUCAGUGCUAAGGUGUGUUAUGAGUGUACUAUUUUUAAAUAACAUAAAAAAUGAUUAUAGCAGAUGACUACAGCUCUGAGAUCAAAUCUCAAAGAAUGCAGAACUAAUAAGAAAACAAAACACUCCAGGGAGGUUUUCGGAAUGUUGAGUACAUCAGAGAGCUAAACUGGCUUAAUAGCAUGGAUCCUAAUAUUUGUGGAAAGUUUAGAAUUUCAAUUCAGUGAUACAAUGCAGAUGCCCAUCUUUGAUUAUAGCGGGGUUUUUUAAAGGCAAAACAUUUUCACAGGCUGAAAAACAAUCAAGUGAGAUAUUUUAAAUUAGCUAUAUAUUAUUUGGGGGACAAUUUUCUAGCACUACUAACAUUGUUUUAAUUUUUUUAAUGAGCAUUCAGUGUAAUGAACUAAUGUAGAGGAAUAUGUUACAUUUUAAUCUCUGUGGUUGCUCCUAGGACAUUAGAGCUUAAUAAGAUUGUUUAGCUCUAAGAAAGUGCUUUGGUGCCCAGGGCUUGGGAGGACCAGGUUAUAUUGGAGUUUAAAAAAUGUUAAGUGGGGAUUUUCCCCAUUAACUUAUUGUUAUCUGCCCAACCCUUUGAGAUGGGGCACCCUAUAAAUACAAUAAAUACUUUUUUGUUUAAAAAUGAAGAAAAGAAAGUGCUUUGGGGAUUUGGAGGGAGAUAAAAUGUAAGGAUAGUAAUGGCAAAGAGACUUAUCUAAGCUUGGCCUAUAUGUACUGAUAAUUACAUCAGUAAUAUUAUGUCAGUCAGUGUAAUUUUUCCCCGUGUGCAGUUAUGUUUACUUUGAUGCGGGAAGUACAGCAUCACCUGGCCAUAUUUCCAAUAUAAUUUAAAGGGAACAAUUUAUAUCCCUGGCCCCAAUCCAGGGAAUUGCAAGUCUGGGCACCAAAAAUGUUUGAAUAUGUUAAUGUCUCCCCCACAACCACCAUGACACACAUUGAGCCCUUUCUCACGAUUGGUGAGAAAGGCCUUGCAGGCAAGCAGGGAGUAAGCCAUGAAAAGCUUACCUCCCUGCAGAAGAUCCUUACUCCUGGUAUGGGUGCGGAGAUUGCACACCCAGACAUGCACCUGCCUCCUCGGGCAGUGUGGAGGGUUGGGAGCUGGGACACGUCACCCUGCCCCCCCCAGGAACUCCCACGCGGUGCAUUAUGGGGAUCCCCCCGAUGCCAGCUGGGAGCCCCAAAGUCUCCUACUCCCAGCUGCAAGCAGCUGGGGCUGGCAGGCAAUUGGAAGAACGAGGUUAAGGGAAUGCUUGUUUUGACCUUGUUUUGAAGAUGGGCUCCAGAGGCGGGUUUGCCUCCCUACCGCCACUGGGGGCCAACCGGCUCCUGGCGGGUCUCACACACAUGCAACAAGGAAGCCGGGCUGGGCUUCCUUAGCCCAGUUUUGCCUGUUCAUGAGAAUAGUCUCAUUCUCUCUCUCUCAUUGAAUACACACAUACUCUCCACAAACACAAGAUGCUGUCGGAAGGGGUUGUCCACAUAAGAGUGAAUCACAGAGUCACAAUCCUAGGUGCAUAAUAUCUCAUCCUCCUCCUGCUAUUCACUCUCCACUGAUAGAAAGGGAAAUCAGUGCAGGCAAUCUCUUUCCCUUCCACUAUGUGUUUUGAGGAAGAAAGUUAGCUGAGGCAGCAAUGCUUAUGGAUCUCUGGAUUGGGGCAUAUAAAGAAUGAAUAAUGAAUUUGGUACUACAGACUUGGAAACCAAACUGCUGACUUGAUACAUAAAAUAUAUAGAAUUAGUGGGCCAGUUCCUGAUAUUUUGAAUUUGUCAAAUAUCGAGGAGUUCAAAAUCUAGUUUCUUCACGCAUCCCAAUCCAAUGCAUGUUUACUUUGAAACAAGCCCUGCUAUUUUCAGUGGGUCUUACUUCUAGAUAAAUAUGCAAAGGACUACAGCCUGAAUUGUAAAACCAAUGAUCUCUGAUGCCAAUAAGAUUUAAUUCCAUUGCAUUUUCCCUCCAAUAACCUCAAAACACUUUCUGCCAAUUUAGUGUGUUUGAUCAAUAGAUUGGUCUGUGCACCAACACAUAGAUUGGUCUGUGCCAAUACACGGAAUCCUAUAAAGUUAUUGUUUGCUUGUAGAAACUGUUGCCAGUUAGCAACAAACCUUAGGAUCUGAAAGAGCUCCUUGGCACACACUCACUACACGUUUAUUUAGCAUUUGAAGUUUUUGUUGUAGUGCUGAGUAUUCUGCAUGAAGUAUUUAUAGACUACUAAAGCACAGUGUUUGAGAGGCCAGAUAUCUCAUUACAAUGUGCAACUUUCACUACUGCAUUGUGUAAUCAGGUAGUCCUGAAAGUUUCUAAGACUGAGUGUAGAGGAAACAGUUUUUAUUAGAGACAUGAAAGCAGUAGAGUUAUCGUUGCACAUGGUACCAUGGAUGGGGAAUUGAGGGAUGGGGCCGUAGCUCAGUAGCAGAACAUCUGCUUUGUAUGCAGAAGGCCCCAGCUUCAAUCUCUGGCAUCUCAGGGCAGGCUGGAGAAAGACUGCUCCCUGAAACCUUGGAGAGCCAUUGCCAGUCAGUGUAGACAAUACUGAGCUAAGUGGACCAAGUGUCCGAUUCAGUAUAAGGCAGCUCCCUAUAUUUAUAUGUAUCAUGUUAAUGUUUGUUGUCCCUCUGUAGCCUCUGGUCAAAAAGGCUUUAUAGAGUUAUGAAGCACUGCAAAAACCUGUUUGACCAUAGCAAGGCAAAGAUAGCAAGAUACACAUGCUGCAGGAAAUGAUGGGCUUGUUCAUUCAGUACGUAGAUAUGUCAGUGUGGAAUUAAUCUGGAACAUGCAUUCAACUCUCACUGCAUGGACAAAAUAAUGAAUGAACCAGAUGCUAUUAUGUUUGAUUUGAACAGUGUCUCCCUCAUCAACCUCCCUCCAGGGAAGAGUGAGGGAUGCACAGGGACCCAGGGACAAGCAUAUCAACUUGAGGUUUCUUCAUGGAACAUGGGGGCCCAAUGACUAUUCCUUACUGUUUUCAUGUCUCUUAAAAAAAGUUACAGUUUAAUAGAACCUGUCACUUGAAGGGUGCUGCAUGCACUAGAGCACAGAAACCAAUACCAUCUACCUUGUUUCAACACACCAGUGAAUAGGAUAUGGCAACAGGGGUAUCCAGUCCUUAAAACUUACAAUUAGAAAUGGCUGGAGAAUACAUCUUCACUUUCUCCUCUUUACUUUAAUUUAAUUUAAUUUAAUCAACACUUGCAAAGCCUGCCUAGAGCUUUCUUAAUAGGUGAGGAAUAAUUUCAGAAAUCUCAUAGAGGCAAACUACAAUAAACAUAUUAUAUUAUGUUCAGAAAUCUAUAAUGCCUCUCUGUUGAAGUCUGGUAUAGCACACUACUUUUUUUUUUGCGUUUGCACUGUUGAAAUGUUUUAUACUGAAUAAUAAAGAAACAAUGUUAUUUGUAUUCCAGACAUGUAUGAAAUGUAAAUGGAAAGUAUUUUCACAGUGUUUAGAAAAGUUCAAACUCCUUUUUCUAAAAAAAACUGCUGUGCCGCGUGAACUCUGUGCCAAACUACUGCAGUGUGUAAACAGAAUAUCUAAUUUGUAUGGAAUAUGAAAUAUUACACUCUUGCAUGGCAAGACCUUUAGUAGUUAGUCUUUUUUUUCCAUUACAGCACUUAACCAUCUGAUGUCUUGCUUCAUUCAUAUAAUGGAUUUGCUUUCCUAGAUAACAGAACACCCUGCAAUGUAAUCAAUUUUUUUUCAUUUGGUGUCAUAAAUUUUGUUUUGUUGUGAA